CGGUGAAGGUGGUGGCGGAGGUGACGGACUGCAUGGUGGUGGUGGUGACGGCUGAGGAGUUUUUUUCACCGUGAAGACGAAGCAGAAGACGAAGUAGAAAAGCUCAUCUGUACCAUGCUCUAAGGCGGCCCAGCUCUGAAUGAAGUGUUUGGCGGACACGUGUAUGGCGGGGGCGGGCCAGUCAGUUAGUGCCAGGCCGUAACGCCGUGAUGAAGGGCACCUCGGCACUCCUAAUCCUGGCCCUCACAGGGUCCGCGGCGGGCGUACAGAAGCGCUUUAUACCGAACUGGGACCUCAACUCGCAGGAGAACUGGAGGGAGUGGCGACUGCCCUGUGCCGGGGGCGUGGCGGCGCUCCCUCAGUACCCAGAGAACCCGCUGUUCCUCGGGGCCGCCCUCACGCUGGGCUCGCUGGACCUUCCCAUCGAGGGCGAGCUUAUCUUCGGCGCCAAGGCCCAGCUGCUGUUUGAUGACGCCAACACCGCAGGCUGCUCAGGGGCAGAAUGGACACGGCGCGGGCAGGACCAGUGGUGGGACCCCGCGGCGUGGGCCUACCCAGGGUUUGAAGACGCAGCCUCGUCCCCCGUCCCCCACCUGCACCGCGUCCCCUGCGUGCGCGAUGCUGCCGUGUUCGCCUCGCCCAACGACUCGCUCUACACCGUCCACCUCGCGCCGCCGACCGUCUCCGUCACCACCCUCACCAUCGGGAAUAAGAACUUCACAACCUCAUCCUUCGCCUCCUACACAAGAACUCCAGAAGGGUCAGUGAGGUUCCGCGGCGCUUCAUCCCCCACCGACGGAGCGCCCUUGUACGUGGAAAGCCCAGGGGAGUGCAUGGACCUAACGGGGUGCCUGUGUGGGUCCGAGCAAGCCGCCUCCGUCAUAUGCAGGAUCAUGUCUGCCAAGUGUGGGACUCCUCGAUGUGAUAACCCAAUUGACAUGACUGGAUUCUGCUGCCCUGUGUGUGGGGCUGAAGUCACGAUCAACCACGGUGGAACUCUGACUCUGGACCUGAUCAAGAGCCUACUGCAGAGCCUCCUAAAGACCCCAGCCAUGAAGGACGUAAAGGGACAUGUAGCCAAGAUGAGUGACCAGCUGUACCAUGUCUAUUUCACCGCCGCCAACGCCAACGGGAACUACAAGGAGGCAUCGGAAAUGUUCAAGACGAAGUUUAAUGAAGAGGUGCAGACGGCAGGGUCCCAUGAGGUGCUGGUGUCCUACGCGGGAGACAUGAAGCCACUCGUGUCGAACAAGGUCGCGACGCACCAGGUGACCGUGACGCUGGUGACACUGACCAUCUGCCUGGCCAUUGGAGCAGCCGUCUACCACCUGCGGAAAAGGAGAGGUCCGUCAUCACUGUCCUUCAUGUUCCGUCGACUCGAGAACAGCAGUCGCCGCGUCUCCGUGGUGAGCGACGUGAUUGGCGGCAGGCGGCCAUCCAACGCAUCAGGGGUGUUCGCCUACAGCCGGGAGAGUGGCCUGCGGUUCCUCAAUCCUAUAUUCAACCAGUCAAUGGCGUCCCUAGCAGGCGUGGGUGUGACAUCAGUGGCCAAUGAGGCAGCACAGGAGCCCCCAGCGGAACAGGCAGAAGGGGAGCAUGAGAACCCAAUGUACACGGCCUACCAGAACAUGCUGCCGGAGGAGAGACAAGCUUCCGAGGAGGCAAUACGUGAACGAGAGAAAAUCCUCGAAGCCGCAGGUCAGCUCGUGGCAUCCAUGGAGUCGCAGCGAACCAGCAAGGAGAAGAGAACAGGUGCUGGGAACAACCUGGAGGCAAUCACAGAGGAGAAGGAUGCUAAGGAGGACACACAUGACCCUGCUGAAGGAGAAGCUGAGGACACUGACAGCAAACCAAAGGAUGCCAAUGACACUGCUGGAUCAGGGGAAGACUUAGGCAUCCUGCAGGACUCCUCACCAUUGAAGGAUGACAUAGAGGAAGUAUUAAAAGGCGAGAAAAAUUAUGAGAAGGGUACAGAAGAGAGCGCAACCAUGGAAGACCAACCCACCACAGCCCUGGAAAUGACCCAGACCGAGACCAUGAUAGAUAUCGACGGUCUUCCUCCUCUCAUUCCUUCCGCCCCAAUGGCACGUAAAGAGUCAUCGUCCUCGUCAAGUUCAUCAUCUUCUGACGACAGCGAUGAUGCGAAUGCCGCUCUUAGUAACCUCGAAGGAUUUACGCCGUUGGUGGACUUGAAGUUUAAAAAGUAAUGUAUGUCUUUGAAGGCGCCUAUGUAACAGUCUUGAUUAGAGUAUGAAAUGAUAUAUAAAAUUGACUUGAUGUUUAGUUCCUAUUUUCAUUGCAUAUCUCUUGGUUACUCUCAUUGGGGCAGAAAGGAGGUGGAAAUUGUGCAUGCCUCUAUAUAGGCCUACUUGUUCCCAUUUUUCUUGCAUAUCUCUUGGUUACUCCCUUAUCACUGUUUGUCAAUUGGUAUUUACAUAUAUUACAUGAUACAGUUCUGUUUCAUGAAUUUACUGAUAAAGGAAGACCCUUUUUCCUCGGUA